UGCAAGUCAGUCGCAAAUAUUCCGACGUUUGCGAGUUUUGUUUGUUAAUUUCAUGAUAUAGUUAAUUACGUAGCUGCAGUAAUCAUACGCGGGGUUAGUGUGCAGUCAGUUUGCUCUGGAAAUCUGUCCAGCAGUCUAAAUAUGGUUCUGAAGGGUCGCCGGAAACGACUUUUACUGGCUUAAAGAAAUCACAUCCGACCUGUGCAUCAUGAGGAUGGCUCGGCGAGUAUUCGUGAACAUAUAACAGCACACUCUCGCCGCCGGAGAGGGGUUAUAUAUUUAUGUUUAGCGAGGACUGACAGUUGUAAACGUGAACGCGAUAUAGGUACUGCUUUAUGAAACAUGUCUGACUUGCUCUCGAUUUAAUUGUGUUCGUUUCGGGGGCCUUCGAAACCCUGACAUGCAUGAGGAGCCUGUCCAUUGACAUCAGUAUGCAUAAGACCUAAACGUAAAAAACAGUCGUGAAGUAAAUAUGAAUAAUUUCUUUAAUGAAUUACAUGCGAAACGUGUGAUGAUAUUUCCGACGAAACCUGCUCAGUUUCAUUCAUGCUAUUAUUCCUUACAAAACACCAGCUGGUGUUUUAAUGCAUCACUAUUUAUGUGUAUAAAGGGAAAUGUAUGAGGACGUGUAAACAUCCCGUUAAAAGAUGUUGUCCAAUCCUCCGGCUGAACUGAAAGGGACAGAGCAGGUGCCUGCGUCUGCGGCUGGUCCAUGCCAUCGUGCUGCUCAGUCUUUGCUGUAUCAGGAGCAGCUGGCUGUAGGAUGCAGAGAAACCAGCAGGGAGGAGAUUGAAUCUGGUGACAGAACACGAUCCUCAGACUUUGGGAAAGGCGUGAAGGAAGUUCAUCUGGAGAAUGAAGGAGCUCUGAGACAGAUGACAUUUGAUCCAAAAAGUAGUAACUUUGGAGUCGGUCCUAGUUUGACUCGCAUGCACAUGUGUACUCAGCAAGAGGCCAAGUUUAGGGAUCCACGAUGGACAUCUGCCACCUUCAAUUCUGCUCCUCCAGCUGGACCAUCAGGAGAGCAGCUUGGAACUCUGGAAAGAUUUCUUGUGUCCCAUCAAAAUGAGAUGAAGCGUCUGCUAACUGAUACCUUCGGAUCUCUUACUCAGCGUCUUGAGGCAAUGGAGAGGAGGAUGGACCAACUGUGUUCACAAAGCAGUGCACAUACCCACAGUUUAGCUCAGCUGCACAGUAAAGUUGGCCAGCUGGGAAGAGACUUGUCCUUUAGCUGUCCAAAUACUCCAAGUGUUUCAUCAGCUUGCAGUUAUGGAGUGGAUGCAGACAUGCUGCAAGACUACAAAGAAAUCAUCUCAAAUAUCUCCUCUCCCGAAUCAAAGAAGGACCCUGUGUGUUCUUGGGCAAUGUCAACACCUUCCCAGUCCAGCCAAAGUCCCACUCAAAAGCCUGAGGACCUGAGCUGUCAGGAUCCAAGUAGAGAUUGUAGCAGCUCCAGUUCAUCGUGUGGAAUUCUAAAAACGUGCCCUUCGGGACAAACUGACAAUUGUUUGCAGGGUAACUACUCACCCGUUUCAGAUUUUGAAGACCUGGAGAUGGAACUGGAAAUUGAGAAGGACAGAGUUGCUUUAAACUUAUUGGUCGAUUCUGUGCUCAGCAGCUCAGAUGACAAUGACCGCUGGGGACUUCCUUGUAAUCAAGAAGUACUGUCCUCUGAUAGUGUAGAGAAUAAUAAAUCUGUUCAGGAAGGAGAAGGUACCUUGAAUAAUCAGUGUUUACCUGUUUCUGAAAAACCUCGGGUGCCUUCCAUUCAGUUUCUCAGAUCUUCAGCUCCUAGUGGCUUAACGUCAAACACAAAUACAGAUCAUCUUUGUUCAUUUUCAAAAGCAAUGAAGCUCUCUUGGAAACCAGUGGCAUUGACAGAUUUCUCUAAAGACGAGUGUGAAAAAAGCCAGCAGCAGUCUUUUAGUCAAAGGACCUUUCCUUUCUCCACUAAGCCACUAGGAGCGCAACCCAACCCUGAUAAACCCAAGGGUUGUUCAGUUCAGACUUCUAAUAAGAAUGAAGACGCGAUCUUGGACAAGAUCAAAACAAAUGGUUUUUUUCACUCUACUAUUACUUCACUAAAUAAUAGUACUUCAGUCUUGGAUCACAUCCCAGCGUCAAGGUAUAUAGAUGGACUGACAGGGUCAACUGCUGGAGAUUCUGACGAGAGCACAAAGAUAGGUAAUAAGGGACAAAGCGUUGAUUGGCAGUACUCAAAUGUAUCAUACUCAAAGGAUAGCCCAAUAAAACUCCCUUUUCAAGGGUCAUCAAUCCUGCCAUACUGUGAACUUGCUUUAUCAAACCAAUUAGUAAAAGGUGUAGGUGACCAAAAAUCAAUGACAUUUCAACAAGCACACUCCACUUCCCAUCUCUCGGCCCCAAGAAAUGGGUCUUCCAAAUCAUUUUUAGACAGUGAUACUAACAAACUGUUGAAUCAGCUCUCGGAUACUGCCUAUCGCUUGGUGUCCAGAAGCUGUUCUUCAAGCGACUUGAAUAGAUGGACUGGUUGCAGCAGAACUGGAUCCAAACUCAAACAAUGUGGUGGAAAGAAACCUCACUUUCCUGGAUUUCCCGCUCUAAAAGAAGGACAAAGAAAGGGUUUCUCCAACUUUGAGCAGGCAGGAGGGAUAUCCAAACAUUGGCAGCCGAUUCUCGAGGACUUGAUACUUCCUGUCUCUUCUCGAUUUUCUGGUACACAAGCUUGUCAUUCAGACGCUUUACCUAUCAACCUGGAUAAAGACUCUGCGUGUUGUCCUAGCUUAUCUCAACUUUUUCGGCCCACCACUCCACCUUUGUCUACUUUAAGCAAAGGGAGCUUCUCUGGGGCAGGUGUUAGUACCGUUCUGGCUUUAUCUUCUCCAGCUUCCUUCAGACUGUGGUUUCGACACAGGCGGAUCAGCUUUCCUCUUAUGCAGUUGACACGUCCUGGUAUCCAGACGGUUGUGAGUCAGAUUUUGGGAAGGUGCAAGUUUCAUCCUUUUCGACCUCUGGUUGACUUUACAGCUCCACCAGGCGUAGACAACGAUCACCACUAUAUAUGCCGAUCCAGUCAAGAAGCUACACCCAGCAGGAAAAGAGCUUCAGCACGGAAAGCCACCUCAUCUUCAUCAGUGUGUCAUCUGUCAAAAAUUAGUUUCACACCAGAAAGGAGUCUGGAUCACUCUUCUCGGCACACCAUCAGCCCCAAGUCUGUGCGAUUGGAUGAAUCCGCUACUGAAUCUGUGCCUAGUUUUGCUAUUGCCAGUGCAAAUGUCAAAUACCCUGGUUUACACAGUCGGGUGGCAUCAACAGAAAUGAACCAGGUGGAACUCUACGACACUAAUGCUGAAGCUCAAGGAGGUCAACGUUCCAAAAGGGUCUCCCAAAUUCGUAUUCGUAAGACAGUUCCCAAACCAGAUAACAACCUUACUCCAAUGGGACUCCCCAAACCAAAGAGGCUGAAGAAAAAGGAAUUCAGUUUGGAGGAGAUUUAUACCAACAAGAAUUACAAGUCUCCAGCCCCUAACAGAAGCCUAGAGACGAUAUUCGAAGAACCAAAAGAGAAGAAUGGCUCUUUGGUAUGUAUUGGUCAUCAGAAACGAAAGCGAGUUCUAGACUUCCCAGAUUUCACACUGCCUCGCAAGCGCAAGGCUAAAACGAACCUGGGUCCACUGCGUGUGAAAGGACCACGAGGACGGGCUCGUAGGGGUAGACAGGACAACGCUGACCUUGAUGUAUUGCUAAUCGAGAAGCUCACAGAGCUGGAAGACUACUUCUCUCACCAAGGCCUGGAGGUUUAAGCUCAGUUUUUCACAAAUCUUUAUUCUCGGUUACCAAAAAUGUUGGUUUUAAUCUUUUUGCCUGAACAAGGAAAGAAUUUGAGCUUGUUCAGCCAUCGUUGUUCAAAGAGCGUUUAGCAAUAGAGGGAAAAGAACACUUUCUUGUAGCAUUUACAGUUGAGACUUAAGAGUGUGUGAAGUGGACUGACCCAAAAGACAUUUGAGCAAUGAGCGUGUGUGUGUGUGUGUGUGUGUGUGUGUAAUAUAAGCACAUUAUAGUAAACCUUCACUUGAGCACUUUCUGUAUCCUCACAAUGUGACUGCUGCAACCUAGUUGUGUUGUGUUUCUCUUGCAUUUGCAACAUGUUGCUUACCAACACGCUCCUAACUGUCGUUUUCUGGCAAAAAAAAGAGAAAUAAUGAUUGAUUGUGUGGUUUAAGCCCUUCAAGGUCUCUUAAAAACAAGGAGAUGUUCAUUCUUGACUACUAAUGACAUCUGAAAGUGCUUUCUAAAUGAAAAUGCCGAGGGAUUUGCUGCCAAAAACAAGAAUACGAAAAUACGAAUAUUCUUUUAAAUAUUCUAAGGUACGGUGCAGUGUUUGAUCACUAUAUUCUUGCGAGAUGUUCUAAAAUUCUUAAUGCAUUUCACCAUAGAAAUAAUUCUUUACUUUGUGUUUCUGUAUUUGUUGUUCUUGCAGGGCUGUCAUGAAUUAGCCAGUUUUGAAAUGGGAUUUCCCUCAACCUUCUCACCUUUAGCUGCUAGACUUUUAAAUUGAACUUCUUCAGCUGUUUGACAUUGUUUUGAAAAUCACUAAAUGAAUCAUUUAUUCACCCUUCAUGUCAUUCCAAACCUGUAUGACUUUCUUCUUCAGAAUGCAAAAAGAUAAAAAUGUCCAUAUAAUGAAAGGUAAUGGAACCCAAUGUUGUCAUUUGGACAAAAACAGUUGCAACAUACUUCAAAAUAUCUUCUUUUGUGCUCCACAGAACCAAGUAAAUCUUGCAGGAUUGGAAUGACAUGAGGGUGAGGAAUUAAUGACAGAAAUUCAGUUUUAAGAAAACUGUCCCCUAAGGUUUUUUGGUUUAUAUAGCUAAGAGAACAUUCUGAGUUAUGGAAUACAUGUUUGCCGUGAAUCUAUGGUUCUUUUUUGCUGGCUUAAUAUCUGGUUGACAUUAGGGAAGCGUUUGGUUAGAUCCACCUUCCACAUUUCUGAUCUGAUAUUUACUGGGUGUUAUAUGCAGCUAAUUAAGUGAUGAGCUGGCCAGAUUAGACAUAUUUUUAGUUUUAGUUUUAUCAUUCCAUUGUGCGAUAUACUGCCACAAAGUUCUCAUAUCUUGAUGAUGAAACUAAGGUAACAUUUUUUGUUUUGAUGUGGUGUAUUGUCUUUUUUUUAAUACAAAGCUUUUACAAUCAAUUGUAAUUAACCUUGGACCUAUUACCUAUAGCUUUGAAAGUCUAUCAUCUGCACUUGACCCCCAAAUAAUCUGAGCCUUUGCCCGGCGAGCAUCUCUGUGCCAGUAUGUGAUCGAAAUGUGCUUACAAUGCAACCUAUAGACAUGUAUUGUCUCUUUCAAUCACUUUGAACUGUUAGAAUUGUACUCGCAGGCCCAAAUGUAAAAAAGGCUGAUGUGUGUUUACGCAGCUCUGUUGGUGGAACCAGUUGUUAGAUCUUUUUUUUUCUUACUACACAUACAGUGUUACAGAAACCGCUGCUGUUGUGCUUCUCUUUGAGCUCACCAGCAGAUCAACACUAAGUAUUGCUUGA